UUCAUUUCAUCACUCUCAAUUUUAGGUUCAUUUAUUCGUAUUCGAUUAUAUAAUUUAAAGAUAAAAGGGAUAGACACAUAAUCAAUCUGAAAAACAUGGAUUCCAUUAUCAAGCCACGCAAGUCUUUCAUUGGUUAAUGGUUAUAUUGACAUUGAGGACUGCUGAGUUCAUAUUUUCAUCUGUUGCAUAGUUUAAGGGUGUGUGUGUUUGGUGGGGUGGUAAGGCUUUAGUCUUUCAUAUAUUAUUUGUUACUUGUGAGAUUCCAAUUUGAUAGGCAUUCUUUAAAAAGUGAGACAAAUGAUAUCCUUGGUGAAAUUAAAAUGCUCAAGAGCAUCACGUGUGUGUUUGGCCUUACAUGCACAUCACCUGUUUGAUGAGAGUUCCAGGUGACUGGAACAAAGUGCAAGUUCUUUUUAACAGUUGUAUUGUAGUUUUAGUAUAUACCAUUGGCUACCGGAUCAUAUAUUUAUUGAUUUUGUGUAUUGCUCCCUUAUCAGUCAUAGCUCUUCAAGAUCUUUACAAGACCCUCAACCAACCGCCACAGCUGACGGGUUGGAGAUUGGAUGGUGGGGAUCCUUGCUUAGAAUGGAUUGGUGUCUCCUGCAUUUACAAUGGAGUUGUAUACCUGAACCUUAGAGGUCUGAAUCUGACUGGGUACAUCAGUCCCAAGAUCAGAUAUCUUUACAAUUUGCAGCUAUUUGAUAUUAGUUCCAAUACCAUUGGUGGUGAAAUUCCACAUGUCUUACCCCCCAAUGCGACUGAUAUAAAUAUGGCAUACAACUAUUUGAGCCACAAUAUUCCCCCAUCCUUACAUGGCAUGAAAAGUCUCCGACAUUUGAAUCUGAGCCACAAUUUGUUAUCUGGACCCAUUGGCAAUGUUUUUACCGGCCUACAGAAUUUAAGAGAAAUGGAUUUGUCAUAUAAUAACUUUACUGGAGAUCUUCCAAGUUCAUUUGAAUCCCUCACAAAUCUCACUGGACUGUACUUGCAGAAUAACCGAUUCACUGGAUCAGUUUCUUACCUAGCUGAACUUCCACUAAUUGAUCUGAAUAUCGAAUGCAAUUAUUUCAGUGGUAUCAUCCCCAGACAUUUUCAGUCCAUACCAAAUUUAUGGAUCGGGGGAAAUAGUCUUCAUCUUCCAGGGCACAACCAUCCACCCCACUCUGGAAAAGCAGGCAAGUGUCAUUGAACAGAACAUCCACCCCCCUCCAGCAACUCGGUCAGGUGCCAUGGAGAAGAGCAACCUCUGUACCAAAUUAGGUGGACACAAGAAGAGGAGCGUUUAGGGUUUAGGUUUAAGUGGGGGCAAUAGACCCGUCUAGUAUUCGCUAAUUAUGUUUUUCUUCAGGCAAGUAAAAUGUCGAAUUCAGAUAAUUUCUUCCGGAGACUUUCAAUGGUUAAAAUUCAAUGUUAAAGAGUAAACAAUCAUGGUAAGUGCUUUUAGGGAAAAAUCCAUAAGCAACUAAUAACCUUCUGCAA